UGAAAACAUUACAACUUUUCAACACACCAAACACUUUUUUGUUACUUAUUUGCUCACCAAAACUUGUCUACUUUAACAAGCCUCCUAAAUCUCAACAAUUUCAUUCACAAAUCCAUCUGUAAUAUCGAGAGAUCAUCGUAGAAAAACCAUAAAGUCACUUAUUUAAAAGAAAGAAAAAAGAAGAUGGAUAAUAACAAUAACCAGCAAACGUUUUGGCAGUUCAGCGAUCAAUUGAGAGUCCUCCAGACGCCGCACAAUCUUUCCUUAAACGACUCCAUCUGGAGCACCACCAACAAACGCACCGACGACCGCAGAAACUUGGACAUCGCAGCCGCCUCCACCAACAAAAGCCCUAUCGAAUAUCACAACAACAAGGCUUCUUCCGACAACAACAACAACAACAAGAACGCUGCGAGCUGGAACACCUGGAAGUCUAGCUCCAACGGUUUCGGACCCAUCGGCUCAAAAUCAACAACAUCCACAAACGUCAAUUUCAACCACACCGACGACAACCCCUGGAAAUUCAACAACUCGGACGUCAACAACGGCGAUUUCAACAAGGGCAUCUACUCCUCCCAGCCCAAGAGCUAUGGCUUCAAUUUCAAGAACAACAAGGGGAUGCUCAUCGAUCAAGAUCAUCAUCAUCAUCAGAUCCCCCAGAAAGGAGUAGGGAAGAAGAACAGGAAGAAUCAGAAGAAUAACAAUAAGGAAGAUGACAAGAACACCAACGACAAGAGGUUUAAGACUCUUCCUCCCGCGGAGGCACUUCCGAGGAACGAGACCAUCGGUGGUUACAUCUUCGUGUGCAACAACGACACCAUGGAGGAGAAUCUGAAGCGCCAGCUUUUCGGUUUGCCUCCGAGGUACAGGGACUCGGUCAGAGCCAUCACUCCCGGUCUUCCUCUCUUCCUCUACAACUACUCCACUCACCAGCUCCACGGUGUUUACCAGGCCGCUAGCUUCGGUGGGACUAACAUUGAGCUCAACGCUUUCGAAGACAAGAAAUGUCCUGGCGAGUCUCGGUUCCCUGCUCAGGUCAGGGCCAUCACCAGGAAAGUUUGUUUGCCUCUGGAAGAAGAUUCUUUCCGUCCUAUUCUCCACCACUACGAUGGCCCUAAGUUCCGCCUCGAACUCACCGUCCCUGAGGUUCUUUCUCUUUUGGACAUUUUUGAUGAGCAAAACCCUUGAAUUCGUUUCCUUGGGAUUAAAGACAACAAAAAACAACAAUACGAAGACACAGACUAAAAGUUCACUUUUACCAUAUCCAUAAAGAGAUAUUUACAUAUCAUCAUCCUACGUAUAUUAUUAGUAAUGAAACAUUUACAGUGCAGGUCACUUUUCAGUUUAUUUAUUACAUUGUAGGUCACUUUGUUCUCUUAGCACACUUAUUCUAAGCAAGUCCACUUGCAUUCACAAACUUGGUUUGUUUCUAGUUGAUUUUAGAUCCAACGGUUUAAAUUCAACAGAGAUUAUUCUCUGAAAAACACAUUUUUUUUCAAAUAUUCAUUAAAUCUUUUUCUACCAUUAAAACCUUUCGUCCUUUUCAACCAAAAACGUUUCUCUUCUACCUCUCUUUCCUCUCAUAUUUCAUAUUCUAGAUAUCAGAUUGAUUGAGGUUGCUCAAAAAAAAAAAAUCAGAUUGAGAAAGUUUAAUUGGCGUAUGAGAUUGCUUAAUUGCAUAAAAGAAUUUCGAUUUCUUCGAAUUUCACUGCUAACCGGGGAAUCUCGUCGUCUCCGGUGAACCAUCCCGAUGCAUUUUUAACAGAUGCGAGGAGAAGAUUUAGGGGAGAGUAAUCUCGUCCAUGCUGUGAAUACGACAGUCACCGUCGGAUAGCAACCGUCUUGGGUCGAUUCGCUCCCAGUUCAUUCUUGGUGCUAGUUGAGACGGUGAAGCUCAGAGAAGACAUAUGAUAGAGCAUGUUGGUGAGGAAACUUUGUACAAGCGGAUGAGUUUGAAGCCAUGGAUGCAAACUCCACUGUGGUUUGCAGUGUACAAGUGGAUGUCAAUCACAUGCUGUACACUUGGUUAUAAUCAUAUAACUGUACAUAUGGAUAAUACAAUAUGUGUACACCACAUAAUACAGUAUGUGUACACUUCGAUGGUUUUUACAUGUUCAUGUGUUCUAAAAAUUUGAACCAAUAUCAAUCUAGAUAUCAUGUACACCAAAAACUUUCAUUUAUUCAAAGUACAUAUAUUUUACA